CGAUUGUCAGGCAAUCUAAGAAUUAUUAUGUAUAAUAAUAGUUAUUUCUUAAGUAGAUAAAUUAAAUGUUUAAUUAAUUAUUAAAAAUAUAUAAAUACUAUCACCAUGAUAUUAUUACUUUGAUACAGAAGCUAAAUACGAUAAAAUGAAUUAUUUAACAGUGGAUUCCGCGACAACAUCGACGAGCCUUGACAAAAAUGAUGAAGCAACCAAAAACGAUGAUCUUGAAGUGGAUAACUCACAGAGUGUUCUGCUCAAGAUAGCAACUCUAUAUGCAGAGCAGCUGAUGAGCGAUCUGAUCCUGGAGGUGGGGGGUGUCGGGUAUCCUGCCCAUCGGCUAAUAUUGUGUGCUAGCAGUGAAGUGUUCCAGGUGAUGUUAAUGAACCGCGAGUGGAGCGAAUGGCGCGAGAGUCGCAUAGUGCUCCAGGAGACGCCCACGGGUGCGUCUGUCUUCCCACACUUCUUGAAGUACUUCUACACCGGCCAAAUUAGGAUAUCCCACCAAACUGUGCUUCCUGUACUGUCCUUGGCUGACAAAUAUAAUGUUAAGGAUCUAGUAACCCUCUGCCUGAGUUACAUGUCGCAGCACAUCGCUCAAGCAGCUAAAAGAGGACAACUCAUUGCGUGGAUGCAGUACACUAUGGCCUGCGGACAUAACGAUGUUGCUAAGGCGUGUCAAAACUUCGUGAAGUGGAAUAUGGAGUGGGUCGUGGACAGUGAACUGGCCGAGUUGGAGGACGACACCCUUCUGUUGUUGCUGCAGCACAGCGACCUCGUGUUGCAUAACGAGAUGACUCUUUACCAGUUCGUAGUGCGAUGGUUGAACAAGCAGAAGGAGAGAUUGAACACGAGUGACUUGUCUGAGAGCGAGUUGAAAGCACAUUGGGACACUCUUGUUACCACUGUGUUCUCACAGGUCCGAUUUCCCAUGAUGUGUCCAAACCAGUUGGCCAAGUUGCUGUUGUGUCCGCUGACGCAGGAACACAAGGAGUUCUUUAUGGAACGAAUGGCGAUUGCCAUGAGCUACCAAUCAGGUCAGUACGAGCGCAUAGCCGAGGUCCAGCAGAGCGACAGCGGUCGGUUACUGUUUACGCCCCGCCUGUACACUGAAGACACGUGGGGUUCGGUCCUCGCCGUGGACAACUUCCACUGCCUGCCGAGCUACCACACGCGCACCUUCAUAUUCUCCACCAGGCCGAGCAUGGGCGAGGCGCCCGCCGACCGCCUGUCCGAGUGGACGGUGGACCUCUACCCUAAGGGCGUCUGGUUCAGGAAGAGCAUGCUGAUCGUCUGGGCUGGCACUUAUGAUGUACCAGAAGUAGUUCUGCGUACUGUACGCAUCUCCAUCACGUGUCAGAACUGUCCGGAGCUAAAGAACUACUGCGAGUACGGAGACUACAACGAGCCGGAUGUCAGAGUGAAGAUCGGUAUCCUAGUGUGGGGGGUCCAGAAUGGCGUUGAACACGUGGCGUCUGUCGUCGAGAGGGUUCAUCGGUUCUCUGCGCAGAACAGGGUGCUGAACAUCGACGGAGCGCUGGACUUCGACGAGCUGAACACGCCACUCUACUCGCCCGCUACACCGGCCACUAAGCAAGGACGGUGUCAGAAGUGCUCUGAGUCGUGCGACGCUCCUGAGCCGAAGCACUUGCUCGGACCCAACAAAGAUCAGCUGAGGAUACAAGUAGUUAUAGUUCCGCUGACAGAUUUCUGUCACGUGAGCGGCUCGGAUUCGAACGGAUGACCGCUCAGCUGGACGCCUCCACUGACUGCGGCAAGCUGAUGGGGCAGGCUGACUUAUAUAGCUAUUGACGAUCUUGUUUUAAUGGAAAAGUUGAUAAAAAUGUCCAAAAAUAUGAGAGGCUAUGGUGAUUAUUAUAAAAGAGUACUUCGAGCAAUAAGUUUACUUCACACCGACGAAACACGCGUCAGCAUAUUGUGUUUGUUUAUUACGCCAUAAAUAAUAAAUUUGAAAUGUUUCUUCGAAUGGAAGUGCAAUGAAUGCCAAUAUGAUGUCCUAUUGUUAUAUGUGAGUAUUAAUUAAAUAUAUUGAAAUUUUCA